ACGAGGACCAGCGACAUGCUUCACCUGGGAGAGAGCCUGAUCCCUCCCAAGGGAGUUACUGGAAGCUGCUGUGACCCCUGACAGGAGGGUGGAGGUGGAAAACAGAGAAGAGGUUGUAGCCCGUGGCCAGCAAACACGAUGGGAUCAAGUCCUUCAGAGGUCCUCUUCAUCUCCGUCAACCACAGCAUCACCUUGAUGGGAAAGGUGUGGUUCAUCGUGAUGGUGUUCCUCCGUAUCCUGGUCCUGGUGUUUGCCGGCUACCCUCUGUACCAGGACGAGCAGGAGAGGUUCGUCUGCAACACCAUCCAGCCCGGCUGCGCCAACGUGUGCUACGACCUGUUCUCCCCCGUCUCCCUGUUCCGCUUCUGGCUGGUGCAGCUCAUCACCCUGUGUCUCCCCUACAUCAUCUUCGUCAUCUACGUGCUCCAUAAGGUCUCACGCUCUCUGUCCUCGGCCCUGGACUCCCCUGGACGCAGCCAGCCGUCUCCUCAGUUCAAGCUCCAGCGGGAGUCAUGGCCCCUGGGAACCUUCACCGGGGCCUACGUGGUGCAGCUGCUCUUCAGGACGCUGCUGGAGGCCGGCUUCGGCGCGGCUCACCACUACCUCUUCGGCUUCUACAUCCCCAGGAGGUUCCUGUGCCAGCACGCCCCCUGCACCACCCAGGUGGACUGCUACAUCUCCAGGCCCACCGAGAAGACGGUCAUGCUCAGUUUCAUGCUGGGCAUGUCCGCCCUGUGCCUCUUCCUCAACAUCCUGGACUUCAUUUGCGCCGCCAAGCGCUCGGUGAAGCAGAAGAGCCGGAGGAAGAUGAUGGUGGAGAGGAUGUUCUCGGAGGAGCAGUGUUUUCUCUCGGCCGGGGCCUGCAGGGCGGCCGACCCCGACUCCUCUCUCCCUCCGCCGGAUCCGGAGGUGCAAGCUGGGAAAACGGGGAGUUUCAGGAAGAGGUGCAGCUCCGCCGGACACCCGGACUGCAACGCCGCCAGAGCCGACGGCUGCUCCCUCUCCCCUGAGGAGCCUCUGGAGAGGAACGGCAGCGAGGUGGCGCUGUGCCCGCGGGAGGCCACGCCGACGCCCCGGUCCAUCCGGGUUAACAAGCGCUGCAGGCUCAAGCCCCCCCCUCCGCCCAGGCGGGACCAGGCCCCGCCCUCGGGGCGGCCCGCAGACUUGGCCGGGGAUGAUGCAACGGCCGUCUGUAUAAAGAGGGUGGGUCACUACACGCUGGUGGAGCUGAACAAGGAUGAAGACGGGCCAGAGAAGAGAUCCGAGUGGGUGUGA